CAGCCUGGCCAGAGAGCGCAAGUCCAGAGCCGAAGGAAGCCAGGGAUGGUUAAAGGACUUAUUCUACCGGGACUGCUGGUCCUGCUCUGUCACGAGGUGGUUGUCAAAGCUCAUGUGUUGACAAGACAUAACUCGGUCAACAGCAUCAGCAAGCUCAAGAGUUUGCUGCAGCAGUUUGAGGAGGUGCUCGCCCCAGUGGAGGAUCCUGAAGGAGCGGUAGAUUAUGAAGAAAGGAAUAUGGUACCAAGUCAAAGCCAAGCUUCUCCAGGCUGGGAGAAAAACAGAGAGGAACAAGCCCCUCCGGGUGAGGAACCCAGUCCUGAAGAAGACCUCGAGGCACAGAAGAAACAUCUCAUUGAUCUCCUCCUGUCUACGAGGAGCAAGGGCUUCUCCGGCUGCUUUGGGGGAAGGCUGGACCGCAUUGGCUCCUCCAGCAGCCUCGGGUGCAACUCCAUGAGAGGUUAAACUUCGGCGAGGGCACUCUUCCAGCUCCACAAAGAGACUGGAAACAGUAUGUUGGUGUUUGUAGUUCACAGGGGCAUUAUGCGCACACAUAAUCCAGCAUUGCCCAUGUCGAAAGGUAUUGAACCUGUGAAGGAUUUGCUCUGUUCUGUAAGGUUAAGUCGUGGAAGUGUGAACACAGUACAUUUAUGAUUAAAUUUUACGUUUUAAUCAAGCUUUUGUUGUAAAAUCCUGCCUUGUUUCAUUUAUUUGCUUUUAAGCACAUCAGUGUGUCUGCUGAUGCAUCUCCAUUUAUUAACAGGUGGAAGCUGUGCGAGAGCUAAUGGAGGCCUAAUUGUUUUUCUUUGUGUUUGAGAAGAAUCAUUUAUUUUUUUUGUCUAUUUUUUUUUCGCACUGUUCCUAUGUUAAAAGUUCAACCCAGUGAUUUGAUGUCUUUCUAAUUAUGAGGGUAUUUUAUUUUCUGAGGCAAGGUUCUGCUAUUUAUCAGAUUUUGUAAUGCACUUCAUGCUCAAACUGUGUGUAAGGGCAGAGGCUGAGUUUGAUCUGAAGUGUUUUUUGGUAUGUAUGGUUUGAUUAAGAGAAUUUUUUUUUGCCUCAUUUUAAUUAAAUACAUUAUUUGAUUAUAAUAAAAAAGCACACUUGCUACUUAAACUGCUUGUUAGCACAUAUAGAUGUGCAUAUUCAGGUCAUAUAUAUAUUUUUUUUUACAGUGCUGGAUGAGACCACAAUGACUUUAGUCUGUACUGGUAUGAAUAAACCAUUGGGACAAAUGA